AUGACACUGCGAACGACGGAGUUGAAAGCUCUCUCGGACUGUUGGUCGGACAUUCACGGCACGUAUGCAUAUUUCGCAACCUUCCAUAUGAAACAAGUAGCCAAAGUAUCGACUUCGUGGUCUAAGGCCGAAACUUUAACUCUUCUGUGGGAGUUGAACCGCUUUGCUGGAGGUGGAAACCCUGAUGUUCCUUACACUAUGAAAUGCCUGAAGAUAGCAGCCAUGCUACCAAACAAGCUUACUCGGGACGUGGCUAACCGGAUUCGUCAACUUGACGAGGCUCCUAGACUUGAGUCAGCUAAAAGUCUUCCUCUGCUAUUGCCUACUGGUGAAUCACAACGAUUCAAUAGUGAAAAUGCUAGGGGAAUUUCGCAGUACUUCAACGACCAUGGGAACUGCAAAUUACAAAAUUAUCAGAGCAGACGUGACUUAUUUACAAUGAACGAUGAGCUGAUACUGAACGCAGAGAAACUUUUAGCUGCUGGACAUGCAGAACAGAGUAAAGAAACGUUAGCAAAAAUUCUGUGCAAUUUACUGCAAAUGAACUUAACGCUGCAACGCAGAGGCUCUAUGUACACGAAAAUGCCUCGUAUGCCAGUUGAGGUUGACGCACGAGUGGCUAACUUGGUAGUUCAUUAUUGCUCAUCUGUAACUCACUCUCUGAACCGGAAGGCGUAG